GGCGCGUAGCAUCGUGGAACGCGGCAACAAAGCCAUGGAACGCUCUCACUGCAUUCCACGGUGUAUAUUCAAACCGAGAUAAUCGAGCUUUCUGAUAACCGGAUGCCGGCAGAUAAAGGCGGAGUUGUUUACGUCCAAUCGUAUCGCAAGAAACUCCCCGCGGACUCCAGAAAUUCUAAAGAACCCCCACCCCCCAAGCCUCCCGGAAAUCACCAUCUGAAGUUCUUUUGGGGUAUCAAACCCCCUCGCGGAUAUAUACCUGCUUUCCGCCCACCCUUCGGGAAGAACAGCAGGAAGAAACUACUUGGAACUUUGCACCCGGAUAUACAGUAUACGUUCGCAACUAUGGUCAAGGUGACAACUGGACGUUUGGCGAAAUCAAGUCCACGGAUGGGUCACGGAUGAUGACCGUCGUGACUCCGGAGAAGCUGGUGCAUCGGCACGAUGACCAAGUCCGAAAAAGGCUAUCGGAGGGGAGACUACUAUACCGACCACCAGAAGCCGACUGUGCUCCUACCUUCAGCGUUGUCAACUUCGGCGACCACCAGGCGUGGAAGCCGUUAUACCGACACGCCAGCUGCAGUCCCGGAGGUACCACCGGAAGAUCUUACAUUGCGACGUUCAGCUAGAGCCCGCAAACCAGUGGAUAGAUUCCACUUUUAAAGGAGAGAAAAGUGUAGAAACGGCAGUGUCAUGCUGUUUUGUAUCGCUUGUUUUCUUGUUAUCCUUUGGUUGUUCGUGUUGUGUUCUUACAUGAUAUGAGCUGAUCGCCCACCCGCUGUGUAUAAAACUACGAGCACCCGAAAUAAACACAGCCGUC